UCCCUGGCAGGGCCAGGGCGGGAUGCACUGUGGUUGGGGUCUGGGUCGCGCCCAUGGCAAUGACAGGCCCCCUCGCUCAGCAGGGAGGGCCGCACAGGCCCCUGGGCGCUUCGCCCCGCCGUUUCCGGAAGACCCGGGGCCGGGAUCCCGGUCCUGCUUGUCUCUCCCCCUCUCAAUGGAACGUUGAACAACUCAACAGGAACUUACAUCGCAGAGGCCGGGGCGUUGACACAUCUUCUCUCCGCAAGGACUGAGGUAACAAAGGUGUCCAUUUUAAAAACUUCCUUCUCCCAGGUCCAAGUCUGAUGCCAUUUACCCUUGCAGCAAACUCACGAGCUCCUACUUAUGUGUCAGUCUUUCUCCUCCUCUGCUGCCCAAGGGAAGUCAUCGCUCCCGCUGGCUCACAGCCAUGGCUGUGCCAGCUGGCACCCAGGUGUGGAGACAAGAUCUACAACCCCUUGGAGCAGUGCUGUUACGAUGACGCCAUCCUGUCCCUGAGCCAGACCCACCAAUGUGGUCCCCACUGCACCUUCUGGCCCUGCUUUGAGCUCUGCUGUCCUGAGUCCUUUGGCCUCACAAAUAAUUUUGUUGUGAAGCUGAAAGUUCAGGGUGUGAAUUCCCAGUGCCACUCAUCUCCCAUCUCCAGUGACUGUCACAGCAAAAGAUAUUUUUCCCUGAGAAGACAUAGAAAAUCAACUUUCACUAAGGCAUCUCAGAAACACAGGCUGGGGUAAUAUGUGUGACAGUAAAGAAGCCUGAGGAAUUUACAAAAUGGUACAACUCCAAGCCAUUGUAUGGCCCAUGUGGGAGGCUGAUGGGACAUGGAGAAUGACAGUAGAGUAUCAGGAAAUAAAUAAAGUGUUUUUUCCUGUGUA